GUGCGUACGAUAACGCUAGUGCGAAGAAGAAUGCCUUUACGUAGAGCAUUGUUACGAUCCCGCGAUAGUUUGUAGGAAAUAGUUCUUUCCAAAACUACUGCUUUGGGUUAUUACCUAUUCUACAAAUACCAUAGUUCCCUAAUUAUAUGUCAAUAUUACUGUUACAGCAGGUGACGUUGGAGGCGUGAGGUAUACUUCAGGCGGGACACGGAACUCUGCAGUAGAAGAGGGUGGACGUUCUAAUAGUUGUGCGUUGCGAGUGUGAUUUUGGCUAUACUUCGGUGGUCGUCCUGGGAAUCGUGCAUCGUUGGCUACGAAGGUAGCGAAUUUAUGGAGAAAGCGCGCUUUGUGGAAGCUGAAUGCUUCAAUGAACUUGCACGGUAUAUAUUCCCGGACGAUGUAGUUGAUGAGGAUUCGUCUCAACGAGGAAGUUAGCCCUGUUGUUGAUUGUUGGUAGCAACCAUGUGAUUUGUCCCUCUUGCAGAUGUUCCCGUGGGGUGUCCCCCUGAUCAUUUGGAUCAAUAUUAUUAAUUAUAUAAUACUUGCCUCACCUCCGUUUAAGAAACUGUAACUUUCAGAAUUUCAUUGCCUAGUUAACUAUUGUAACUUUCACUUGGAUUGUUUUGUAACGUUUUCCAUUACUAAGUUUAUAUGUUUAUGGGGUUUUCUUUUGUUAAUAAUUAUUUAAAAUGUUUUCGUAUGUUUUAUUAUUCCACUCUAAUGUUUCUGCUGAAGAUCAUUAUUAUUAAAGCUAAAGCUAUAUAAAUAUAAUGUGAUAAAAGGACAAUGAAUUAAAUAUGUUAUGCGCCUGAAUCUGGCGGCAAUAAACUUUUAAGUAUUUAAGAAUUGGUCCGUAACAAGCAUGAUGGGAGAGAUGCUGAACAAUAGGAGAGCAGGAUCUUAUGGCGGUGACUAGCAUCAGGAACCAAUGGGAGAGUGGGAGGAUGGUGGCGAGUCUAAUCAGUUGGCGGUGUGCGAGUUUUAAAAUUGUUAUUGGUGGUCGGGGCGAAUCUCGGGACUUUACAGCAACAACCUUUCGUAUCCUGAACUAUUUUCGUAUGUAGAGCCAAAAAAAUCUUCGUAUUUGCUUUCAUAACUCGAAUUUUUCAUAAGUUGACUUAUGGUUAGGCUAGCUCAGGAAUGUGGGCUAAUUGCAUUAUAUGAAGUAUACUUUUUUUUUUUUAUUAUAUGGUAUGAAGAAAGAGUUCAAAGAAAUAAAAUACAUAAGUUAUGAAAUGAUUUAGUGAAAAUAUAUGAGUAAUAAAAUAUAAUAAAAAGUGGUGUGUGAACUUUGCAAAAUAAGUUGGCAACUAGGCUGGAUGUAUGUGGAAUUAAUUUGCAAGACUGUUUACAUAGGGCUUCAUUUUGAGGGGUUGUAUUCUAUAUUCUGUGAUUUUCUGUUGUACAGCAGUGGCUGCCUGGUCCCAAGGUUCCCUGAUUUAAGAGUUUGGACUGUGUCAUGCUUACAGGUUUCAGUGCUCAUGGCAGUUUUGUGUGAGAAAAUACUCUUUUAUUAGGCUUCUGAUUUGUUUAUCUGGAAAAGGGCAAGAGGCUUUAAAAAAUUGCUUUUUCAUUUUCAUAGACAUACUUCUCAUUGUUUUUACUAAUUGUGUUGUAUUUUCUCAUUUCAGACACCCUUCCAUCAAGAAUAUUGUAAUUUCUGGAGAUUUUUGUAGGAAAUUUAGGACUGAGGGCAAAAGGUGACAUACAUUGGUUGAUGUUACCAGAUAUUCUUGUCAUGUUUAAUGUUUCGGUAUAGUUUAUUGUCCUGGUAUAUGAAGUGGGAAGUCUGCUUUUGUUGUGUAGCACAUUGACACCUGUGGUAACUGUACACUUUCCAUGAUUGGAAAAACUGAAGCAGUUUUGAAAAAGAUACUAAUGCUCACACGAGAAAGGAGAUAUUUGUUUGUAAAAUAUUGGAAAUCAGUUUUGUUGGAAAUGCCACCUCAGAACAUGAAUGUCAGCUCACACUGGAGGGAGGCAGUUCAGGUUCCACAAAUGUGGUAAAGUGUUUUCCCAGAAACAAAACACCAUGGAAAGAAGGCCCAAAAAUGGGAAAGCUUUUUUAAAAAAAACUCAUCCUAAUCGUCAUACGAGGACUUACAUUGUGGGGAAUCCAUUUAAAUGUAAAUACUGUGGGAAAGAAUAUUUUCAAAAAACUCAUUUUGAAAGUCAUAUGAGGGAUCACAUUAGAAAGAAAUCAUUUAAAUGUAAUGACUAUGGGGAAGUAUUUUCUCAUAAAAGUAAUCUUAACAAGCACAUGAGGCUUCACACUGGAGAGAAACCAUUUAAAUGUAAUGAGUGUGAGAAAGCAUUUUCUGUGAAAGGUCAUCUUCAACGUCAUAUGAGGGUUCACACUGAAGAGAAACCAUUUAAAUGUAAUGAGUGUGAGAAAGCAUUUUCUGUGAAAGGUAAUCUUCAACGUCAUAUGAGGGUUCACACUGAAGAGAAGCCAUUUAAAUGUAAUGACUGUCUGAAAUCAUUUUCUCAGAGAGAACAUCUUAACAUUCAUAUGAGGGUUCACACUGGAGAGAAACGAUUUACAUGUAAUGACUGUGGGAAAGGAUUUCCUGAGAAAGGUCAUCUUCAACGUCAUAUGAGGGUUCACACUGGAGAGAAGCCAUUUAAAUGUAAUGACUGUCUGAAAGCAUUUUCUCGGAGAGAACAUCUUAACAUUCAUACUAUGAGGGUUCACACUGGAGAGAAACCAUUUAAAUGUAAUGAGUGUGAGAAAGCAUUUUCUGUGAAAGGUCAUCUUCAACGUCACAUAAGGGUUCACACUGAAGAGAAGCCAUUUAAAUGUAUUUACUGUCUGAUAGCAUUUUCUCGGAGAGACAGGCUUAACAUUCAUAUGAGGGUUCACACUGAAGAGAAACCAUUUAAAUGUAAUGAGUGUGAGAAAGCAUUUUCUGUGAAAAGUAAUCUUCAACGUCAUAUGAGGGUUCACACUGAAGAGAAACCAUUUAAAUGUAAUGAGUGUGAGAAAGCAUUUUCUGUGAAAAGUAAUCUUCAACGUCAUAUGAGGGUUCACACUGAAGAGAAACCAUUUAAAUGUAAUGAGUGUGAGAAAGCAUUUUCUGUGAAAGGUAAUCUUCAACGUCAUAUGAGGGUUCACACUGAAGAGAAGCCACUUAAAAGUAAUGACUGUUAGAAAGCAUUUUCUAGUAAAGGUCAUAUUGAAUAUCAUAUAAUGAAUCACACUGGAGAGAAACCAUUUAAAUGUAAUGACUGUGGUAAAGUAUUUUCUCGUAAAGAUAAAAUUAUCAAGCGUGUGAGGAUUCACACUAGCGAGAAGCUAUUUAAAUGUAAUGACUGUGGGAAAGCAUUUCCUCGGAAAGGUAAUCAUUCAUAUGAAGGUUUACACUGGAUGUAAGAAAAACAUAAACCAGUGAGAGGCCAUUUAAAUGUAAUGAUUGUGGGAAAGCUUUUUCUCUAAGAGAUAACCAUAGACACCAGGUGGGGUCCUAUUGCACCCCUGAUAUAAAUUGAAAAUUAAGAAAAACAUAAGCCAGAGAGAUACAGUCACAGAGAGGAGAAACUUGGAAUUGGAAAGUGGAAUGACCAUAGAAGGGCGGGAAGAUUUCAAGAAGAACAGGAAAAAAGGUGCAUAGACAAAGAAGAAUUAUUUAGAUGGAUAAGAAAUGGAGAUCUAGGUUAUAAUGAAGAAAUGCUGGUAAUAUGGCUUCAAGAAAAUGGCAGGCAUAUCAGGAAGUGACCAGUGUAGGUUUUGUCAUGCAGCAGUUGGAGUGAUCAUCAUCUGAUAUCAGCCUGCCAGACCCUGCUUGCAGAUGGUCACUACACAGCCUGCCACAGCAAGAUCUGGAAAUAUAUGCAUUGGAAAAUAUGUAAAAAUUACAGAAUUGAAGUAAAAGAAAAAGUGUGGGAGUAUGAACCAGAUCCAGUCACCUCCAAGAGGACUGUUACCAUCUUUUAUGACAAGGAUAUUCAAACAGGAAGAUAUAGUGUAGGAGGUGCCAUAAAGCCUGAUAUUGUGAUCUGGAACAAGGAAGAAAAAACAGAAAAGAUUAUAGAUGUGAAAGUACCCAGUGACUUUGGCCUCAAUAGAGCUGAAAGUCACAAAAUAACAAAAUUCCAAGACCUAAAGAAUGACCUGAAAAGCACAUGGGAACUGAAGGAAAUAGGAAUAAUACCUGUGGUGGUAGAGUCAACAGGACUUAUAAAAAAAACCUGAGAAAAUACCAAGUUGCCCAAGUAUAAAUGAGGUGCAGAUUGCUGCCCUCCAAGGAACGGUAAAGAUCUUGAAAAGAGCCCUCAAAUAUAAGACUAGUGGAAUAUAGAGGUACAACCAUAGACCCCAGUCAAGGGCCCAUUGCACCCUUGGGAACAACCUCGCCCUCUUGGUUAACCUCAUCUAUGUGUGGGAUAUCGUCUGAGUAUUGCAACAUCGCAGGUUAUUGUUGUUUCUCAUCAGUGUUUGUGACCUCCUGCCUUGCAUGUUUUAGAUGAUCACCUCAUCUUUGUUAGCCCUGUUGUGGUUGCAUUUGUUUAACACAGUCAUGUUUAUUUCUUGUUUGGGGCUAAGGGAUGUAUUGUGACAAAGAUCUCACAAUAUUCAAGUGUCUUAUUGCUUUUUAUGUAGUAUGUAUAAUUGUGCAAUGUAUACCUUUUGUUAUGAUAGUAUUUUGCAGGAGUAGUGUGUUUAAGCUUGCCUCAUUAAUGCUGUUGCUAAAAUAGUAACUAUUUUGGAUGUGUGGUUGUUUUUACUUUUGCUUUAUCUGUAAUUUCAGAUUUAAUUUUUGAGGUCAUAAGAUUUUACUGGCUCUGUUUAAUGUAGUAAUUGAAGUCAUUUGAUUCACAUAUUUUUUUCUGACUCUCUUAAAUAUAAUACUUGUGCUGUUAAUGGCUAUGAUUGAUGUUUAUUUAUUGAUUUUUGGCAUUUACAUAUUUACUCUUUUUGGCUUUGAAUGUUAUGCUUCUUGUGUAUUUAUAUUACUGACUCAAUUUUUAUGAAUUUAGUGGCUGUUAAAAUAACUAUAAUAUUUAAUGUAACUAUGAUGUUUAGUUAACUUUUGGUCAUUUAUUUUACUGACUCAUUUUGUUUUGCUUUUGAUCAUUGUUUCUUGGCCAUUUAUGUACUGACUUUAUGAUGUUAUUUUAUAACUUUUUCAUGCCCAUCUACUUAUGAACCGGACUCAUUUGUAUAG